AGCUCACAUCGUCGGACAAUGCGGAUUUCGAGGCUAGUAAGAAUAGCUAGCCAGUAAGCUAAAAACAAGCUUCUUGUUGUUAGGUUUUCAAGCCGGUAAAAUGUCUAAAACGCAUCCACAGCCUCCGUCGUGUUCGUCAGCAGCGACCACCGGAGGAGCGUCCUCGUCCUCGUCGUCCUCCCCCGCGGGGGGCUCGACCUCUCCCGCUACGGUGCUGAACGUGCAGCCCGAGAAACCUCAACAUUACACAUAUCUCAAGGAGUUCAGAACUGAGCAAUGUCCCCUGUUUGUACAACAUAAAUGUACACAACACAGGCCUUUUUCUUGUUUCCACUGGCAUUUCCUAAACCAACGGCGCCGCAGACCCAUCCGCAGACGGGACGGGACCUUCAACUACAGCCCAGAUGUCUACUGUACCAAAUACGAUGAAGGAACAGGCACCUGCCCUGAUGGAGAUGAAUGCCCAUUUUUACAUCGAACAGCAGGUGACACCGAGCGGAGAUACCACCUCCGUUAUUAUAAGACUGGAUCGUGUAUCCAUGAAACCGAUGCGAAAGGCCACUGCACCAAGAACGGCUCCCACUGUGCCUUUGCGCACGGGUCACAUGACCUGCGCAGCCCUGUUUACGAUAUUAGAGAAGUACAGGUGAUGGAGUCUCAAGGGGGCUCGGGGGGCACGGAGGGAGGUGGAGGAGACUUGCAGUCAGGGCAGGCAGCAAGCACAGCCCUGAUAGAGAAGAUCCUGAGUGAGGAACCACGGUGGCAAGAUAACAACUAUGUGCUGUCCCACUACAAGACAGAGCUCUGUAAGAAACCUCCUCGCCUGUGUCGUCAAGGUUACGCCUGCCCGUACUACCACAAUAGUAAAGACAGGAGGCGCAGCCCACACAAGCACAAAUAUAGAGCGCUGCCAUGCCCAGCAGUGAAACAGAGCGAGGAAUGGGGAGAUCCUAGUAAAUGUGAGGGAGCGGAGGGAUGUCAGUACUGCCACACACGAACAGAGCAGCAAUUCCAUCCAGAGAUCUACAAAUCCACCAAGUGUAACGACAUGCAGCAGUGUGGUAGCUGUCCCAGAGGACCUUUCUGUGCCUUUGCUCAUGUCGAAAAGCCCUUUGGUCCUGACGAGCCAUCAUUCCCUAAUCCCAGCUCCCCUCCACCCCCAAGACCUCCAGACCCUCUUCCUAGUCAGGAGGCUUGUUCCAGUCCUAGUGGCCAAAGUACAGGACUUUGUUGUGUGUCAGACCCCUUCUCUCCCUCUGUGUCGUCAUGUAUAGCGGAGCAAGGCCUGCUGGGUAGCGUUUUAUCUAUGUGUGAAGAUGUUAGUGGAGGUGCAGAGCCUCUGUCUCCGUGGGCAGGAGAAGGAGGCUAUGGCAGGGCACCUGGAUUUGAGCGGGAAGAUCAGGCUAAACAUCGGAGUUUUGCUCUUGAACAGCGUCACAAAGAGUUUUCAUCAACACAAAGCAAACAGGACUUGUUGGUGUUCCUGCCGGUCGGCAGCCCUCUGAGUCUGUCCUCCAGCAUCCCCUCCAGCUUGGCCGCCACCCCGCCCAGCCCUGCUGCGUUCGGCCCGCUGGGGUCCAGCAUCUCCUCAGGCAUGAACGCCAACGCCCUGCCCUUCUACCCCACCAGUGAGACCGUGGAGUCGGUUGUUGAGUCGGCGCUGGACGAUCUGGAUUUAAACGAUUUUGGCGUGUCGGCGUUGGAAAGAAGCCUGGAGAGCAGCUCGGCUCUGCCCAGCGUUGGAGUUAUGAUAGGAGGCAGCCAGCUUCAGAGUUCUGCUCCCGUCAACAUUCCCGGAUCUUUCAGCAGCUCCGCUCCCUUCAGCUCGCCUUCGCCGUCGCCACCGGUCAGACCACACGCUUCACCCUUCUUCUCCACUCAUCUGCCCCAACCCAGCCAGUCAGAGAGCACCUUCCUGGGACCAUCCCACAGCUCUUUGGGUCUCAAUGGCAUGAGCACAAAUAUCUGGGAGCAUUUCCCCUCGGGGCAGGGCUCUCCUGGAACUCCCCCCGCCCUGCUGCCCUCUGGCCUCUGUGCUGAGACGUCCAGGCUCAAGCAGGAGCUGGAGGACGCCCACCGGAUGCUCAAGCAGUGGGGUCACAGCUGGAAACACACAGCUCAGGUAGUCGUGGGCGGCACUCAAAGCAGACACAGAGGAGUCCCGCGGAAAUGCAGCACGGUUAUCCAUGGAGGCGGACAGAGCCAGGCAGGCGGAGGAAGAAGCACAGAGACAGAUUUCUCUCCUGCAGGAGGCGCUGGAGAGCUUACGGAGCGGCGACAAUCCCCACCUUGCACUGCACCAACUCCAGCUACUACACCGACUCCCAAUGGAGUCAGUCCUCAGUUUACAGGCUCAGCUGUGCAGCUGCUUACGAGCCGUGGAGCAGGUGGUGUACAGGAAACAGAGACAGCGCUGCGUGACGUGCGGCGAGCAGGGCUCGGUGUCGCUGCCCUGCGGCCACGGACUGCAGUGCGAGAGCUGCUCCAGCUCCACCGAGUGCCCGCUCUGCUCCGAACAGACGCUGGAGCAGCAGCUCUCUUGACCUCUCAGCGGCUCGGGACGCUACGGACUCUAGAUUAACCCACUUCUGAUUCCACAAACGCCAGCCUCGGAUCCUGACUGCCAUUUCAAGAACUUGUAGAAAAAAUGUGGGGGGGUGGGGGGUGAUGGUUACAACACAAGCACUGAUUUGAUUUGGUUGUGUACUUAUGAAAUGCCCUUAACAGCUAAAAGACCAGCUUUGUGAGAGUUUGUCACUAAGUUAAAGCUCUUAAUGUGGAAUUUGGGAUUAAUAAUGUAUUUAUCCACCAAAUACCACACACAUUAGUUAUUAUUUUGACCAGCAACACUGUUCUUUGGCCCCUGGCCCCUCGAUCCGGAGGAGGAAUGAGAGAAUACGGAUGGCUGGCCAAGGCUGCAUUAGCCCUGUACCCGGGGUUUGUGGGAACACCUUUAAAAGCCCCGCUGUUCCCCCAACCAUGAAAAAUGUACACGUCAUCUUUAAAACAUGAAUUUAUAAAAGAGUAAACUCGAUUUUUCUGGUGCUGUCGUCCAUCCAAAGGGAUUGUUUUGGGAUUUUUGGGGUUUGUUUGUUUUAUGUUUUUGAGGAUUGGACAUGUACACAUUGAAUAUUUUUGAAGGUCUAAACUCUAAAACAUUUCACUUUGAAGUUAAAUAAAUGAAUUGCGUUGGAUGCCUUUUGGGCUCAAAUGCAACUGUUUUGUAUGAAACGUCUCAAAUCGGCCAGAUGGAUGGACGACUCAGCCUAUCAUCGGGGCGGGGCGUAUUUAAAGGGCAUAUUUAGUCUCAUCAAGACAACGAUAAUGUAUCGCAACAGCCAAGCGGGUCAUCUGUUCACUGCGCUGUAGCGUUCUCCACAUUAUAUUGUUUAGAUCUUUCUUCAUAGUCUUAGCGAAGGAUAUUUAAAAUGAUCAAUAACUGAAAUACAAAACACGACUAACGUUUGUUUCAAUGUACAACAGACGGCCUCUUUCUAAAGCACUCAGGUUUUUUCUGUAAUAUUCCUCGGCAUAAAAGAGAGGAUUCAGUCAACAUAACUGAGGCCAACAUAGUCAGCUUAUUUAGAUUUUGACAUUCCAUAUUUUUAAUUUGUUUUUUCUAUAACAUGUUAACUCAAAUAUACUUUUUUUUUUGUUAAACCAGCCCUUUCGCUGUUUUAAAAAUCAAUGUGUGACAAGUUUCUCUGCCAUAAUUUUUACAUUUAUAGUGAUAUUUGACAUUUCAGUGACGCAAAUGUAUAUAAUAUAUCAUAUAUAUAUUAUAUAUAUAUAUAUAAAUAUAUACCCACAUGGUUAAGUGAUGUUAUACUUAUCUCUUGCACUGAUUAGACGACGCAUCAGGAAGCGUAUAAAUG